ACGAGCUGUCAAAAGCGUCACAUUUGUUCGGAAUUUCGUGGCCGCCAUUUUCGCGGCAAUUUCAAAGUCCUCGGGUCAUGGUCAAUAUUUCGGCCACAGACCCCCCAAAUGGACCCAAAGGAAGAUGAAACUUGGCAAAUACGCAGGGUAGGCCCUGCUGCUACAUGUCGGAAUGUACUCAACAUCAUGAAGUUAAAGAUCGGCGUCAACAGUUUCGGUAGAAGUCCAAAUAAUGAUUUCUUCUUGGACUCUAAAAUACUUAAAAACUUCAUCUCCCGCCACCAUGCCGUCAUCAUCGGCGAAACAAGAGACGGCGGAAGUGAUGUGUUCUUCCUUCAGGAAAAGGGUCUGAACGGAACCUUCAUCAACGAUGUCAGGAUCAAGGGAUCAAGUAUUCUUACCGAGGGUGACAAGAUCACUUUCGGACACACAAAUGGUUACAAGAUCGAGCCGGGCCAGUACUCUCGCCAGCUUCACUCCGAGUUCCAGUUUAUGUUUGAGAAGUUCCAGAAGCGCCAUGAGCUGCCCAAGCACCAGGGCCUGGACAGUGUGGAGUACCACCAAACCAGGACGUGUUGUGGCACCCGCAAACUGCCCUCCUCGCCGGAGUACGACCGCAGCGAGUGUUGUGACACGUUGGACAAACAGGGUGCUUUACGAACGUGUAGAUCUCCCACCAUUCAGGAACACACACUGCCAGCCAGCCCAACCAUACCUGUCACAAGAGGGGAAGAAAACGAUUUAGAAAGUGGUAGAUUGAAAAAUGUAAGUACUGAUUGUCCAACCCCCAAAGUGUGUCAUGUGCGGAAAAGUGCGUCAACACCCGAAGUGCCAGAUUUCAUGGAAGAAGUGGAGAUUCUUGGAGCAGCAGAUUCAGCCGAAAGUCACACUGAAUGUUCUGAGGGUAACUGUGGUAACGUAAGUGAAGUCGACCAAUCAAAUCAAUGCAAAAGUCCUGUGUUAACCAAUGGGAAUUCAGGAGAAGCAUCUAGUCAAGAUGAAGAGGUGGACAGUCCUAAGGCUUUUGUCAAAGACGUUCAAGGGGAACGCGAGACAUUCCAAACCAAAUCAAAUUUAAGUGACCACUGUGACUUUAACAAAAGUGAAGAUGAAAAUGGCUCAGACGUGCCUGUCGCAAGAACUGAGGAUGUGUCGCCUUGUAAACAGGGCGAUGCAAGUUUGGAAAUGAGUGAAAUGAAAGGGCCAGCGAAUACAAAACGGAAGUGCAAUUCCCGACCGAACAGUGCUAAGAGUUCCAGUAGUUACGAUGAGUGUGAUGGGGAUGGCAAGGGGGGUCGGAAUAUCUGGAGUAUUAUGUCCGACAGUAACGAUGACGCCAUGAAAGAUAGCUCCGCACCUAGUCCCAUGGGCGAGUCCUACGACCAAUCUCAUAAUCCAGUCAUUCACCAACAAGAUGGGUCAUGUGACACCCUCACAAACAAUGAGACUCUUGCCUUUGGACAAUCGUUUUUCACUGAUGCUGUACAGAACUCUAACUUCAGGAAGGACCACGACGGUGAAACCAACUCUAUGUUCAGUGAGGACAGUGAUAGAGAGCGAUGUCUCCAGUUUCUCCAUGUGCAAGUGUCCAGUUUGUUGGGGUCACUCAGUGCAGACGAUAAUAAGACCGGCAAAUCAUCAGACACCAGGACCAGCGGUCAGCCAGGCUCCAACCCCAACAAGAGGAGGAAAGCAAGGCGUUUCGCGCCACGCACCAAGAGGACGCGGGUGAGACUGACAGAUGAUGAGAAACUGGAGGAUGGCGUGGAGUGGUAUGAGGAAGAGACCUGUGCAGCCCCGGACUGCAGCAAGCCCAGAGACCGCAGGGUGCAAUGGGUCCAGUGUGAUGACUGUGACAAAUGGUUCCAUACUGUGUGUGCUGGUUGUCGCUAUGACGACGUCAAAGACUCAACAAAGCAGUUUCACUGUGGUUGUGGUUAGGUCGCAGAGGUCAGAAGACCAAAGGUCACAGGGGUCAGAGAGCAAAAGGUCACAGAUACAAAAAUACAUCACAGAUAAUCAAUCAAAGCUCAAUCAUUGAUGCUUCUUGCUAAUGCAGAAAGCAGGCUCGAUAAAUACUCAUCGAUUAUUGAAAUUGUUUUGCUGCUUGUUACCAUGGUUACUGUCACAAUAGGCUAAUUAUGAAUGCUUGAUGAAUGUUGCUGAAUUUGUAUUUUCACUGUAGAUACGAAUUGUGGUAUGGCUUUUUUUUUUCAAUAUCUGAUUUUAAUAUUGCAAGGGCAGGGAUGAUUAUAGAUCUGGCCUUUGAUAGGUUAGAUGGGCGGACCAUAUAACACAUCAGCAACCAUUUGAAAACAGAAAUUGACUGGACUCUAAGUUUCUUAUGAUUGCGCUUCGAAGAUGAGGAAUACCCACUUUUCCCUUUACCGUUCUGCAUUGAAAGCACUGCCUUAUAAUGUCAUUGGAUAGUAAGGGCCAAAUUUUUUAACAGACAUUUGUGUGUUGUAAUUUAUCCAGGGAAAGUGGCAACCGGGAUCUAGGGUAACAUCCUGAUAGCUGGUGCAUCAGGAGAUCUCAGCGGUUCAGUUUUGAAAUAUGCUAGAAGAUAGGGAUGG